AUGGACCCGGAGGGGCCGCAGCCUCCAAGGGCGAGGAGGAAGGCUGUCAGCGCAGCUCCCAUCCAGAUCAAUCUGGCCCUGUGCUCUGAGCUGUCUUUGAACCUGACUGACGAGGACAAGGUCAAGCUCAAGAGUCUACUCAAGAAGAUCAUCCUCUUCUCUCACCUCACUGACUCCGAGCUCGACUCCAUGGUCAGCGCGUUCUUCGAGGUGGAGAAGAAGGCCGGAGACGUCAUCAUCUCCCAGGAGGAGGAGGGCGACAACUUCUACAUCGUGGACUCUGGGGAGUGCGACAUCUACGUCACGAAGAAGUCGGAGACUCGCCUGGUGGAGUGCGCGAGGGCGGGCGACUACUUUGGGGAGCUUGCGCUGAUGUACAACUGCCCGAGGCUUGCGACGGUACGGGCCCGGACCAACGUGAAGCUUUUCGCGCUAGGGCAGGAGAUCUUCAAGCACUUGCUCUGCUCGGCAGCGCAGGAUCGGAGGAAGCAGUACGAGUCUUUCUUGCAGAACGUGCCGAUCCUGAAGAGCCUGACGGCGGAGGAGCGGGGGAAGAUCGCGGACGUGCUUGUGCAGACAACCUACGCAGACGGCGAAUACAUCAUCAAGGAAUUUGAUUCUUGUGCAGACACUUUCUUCAUAGUGUACGAGGGGGAGGCGAUAGCGACGAAGAGCGCGGAGGGAGCGGUGAAGGAGGUGAUGAAGUACAUGAAGGGGGACUACUUCGGAGAGCUGGCGCUACUGAAGCAUGCGCCGCGAGCGGCGAACGUGGUAGCGAAGGGCAGGUGCACCGUUGUGAGCAUUGACAGGGCGUCGUUCAAUCGGCUGCUGGGCUCUUGCGAUGAGAUUCUGAGGAGACACUGGCGAACUUAU